AUGUCUUCAGGUGACAACUCGGGCGACUAUAUUCCAGACACAGGUGUAUUUGCGGUCCUCACCGUUGAUCCUGUAGCCUGCGUGGACUAUCUCGAGGACGCGGAGGCGACUGCUGCAUGUGCCCUGCUCACGAGCAAAGGCUAUGUGGUAUACGUACCUGGUUCGGGGCCACUGUUCGAUCCGUGCGACCCCUUCCGCGAAGAGCAGCCCUACUUCGUUCUGCAGGGCGUCCCGCGGGACAUCCCAGACCAAUUCAUCGAGGCACGCAUGUCCAUUCCUCUCACACCCCAGUCCCUCACCAUCGACCACCCUUCGGGUCGCCAACCGUUCAAGAUAUCUGGUGCUCCAUUUCCUUGGCCGAACUGCUACUUGUCUGCGUUUACACAAGUGUCUGUGCGCUGUGCGAAUGUCCUGAUUGUGGACCCCGUGGUGUCCGAACUCGAGGAGAGCGAGCAGUUUCGGUUUAUUUGUCUUACCGGCGAUGACAAAGAGCGGCGGGAGGACCUUCGGUAUGAUGCGGAGGAAGCGAAGGCACAAACUCAGAAUCCUGGGAUGCACACCGACUUAGCGACUGUCAACGAUGAUAUUGCGGCUGACAAGGCUGAUGUGGACUCCGCUGACGAAGUCGAAGAGAUGGACGAGCAAGAAGCUGUUGCCGUUUUCCGAGGCCUCUUUGCCAACCAGGCUUCAGAGCACCUGCCCGCAGUCAAAUUCACACAUGAUCUGUCUCAAGUGACGGAGUUCAACGACCCCAAAGGGUACUUUCAAGAGCUGGCCGUCAUUGCCGAAAUAAUCAAAGCCUCGCUGGCACGGAAGGAAGCAGCCAAAGAUAUUAUAAACCAGAAGGAUGCAGCGCGUUACGACGAGAAAACGGCUGAGUUGUUGCGAGCUCAUCAAGCUUCUCAUGGCCCUGAUGAUCCUGUUGCUCGUCAGGAUAACGGCUCGUCUUUGGCAGAAAAACUGCCACUGACAGCGUCUCCCGAUCGCGGCGCUCGGCUUUCGAGAGUUGGCGUCUGCAUUGCGCGGAUCAAGAGGGUCCUUCAUCGUAUUACAUGUCGUUCCUCGCAUACUACCGAUACAUGA